GAAAAUGGCAUUCAAGAUUCUUUCCCGUAGUAGAGAAGCGGGAAAGCUCGGUCCUAAAACCCAUCUAUGUUAUCUAACUCUGGCCUAUGCUCUAGUGUACUGCGAUCAAGGGUUAUUUGCUGGCUUCAAUGUGUACCUAGGAAAAGAAGGUCUCCAAUUUAGCGAUCUCCAAGUGGGCAUCCUAGGUGGUCUCUUUAUCCUUGGCUUCGUAGUUAUGUCACCCUUGUUUGCCAGAAUAGGUCAGAUCUCGGGCGUCUGGACAAUACGCUCGAUAUACAUUGGCAUGGUUCUCUGGAUAAUCACUAACGCCAUUAUGGCCUUGACCCCUAGUCCUUUCUGGCUACUCUUGGUGUGUCGAACGAUUAACGGUGGUGCCGGCUCGGCUUUGGUGUCACUGGCACCUCCUAUACUGGAUGAUGCAGCCCCGUCUGGAAAGAGCUCACUUUAUCUUGGUAUUUUCUUCGUGGCGUUAUAUGUUGGUCAAGCGUUGGGCUACCUUAUUGCAGGAUUCUUCUCUUCUUGGGAAUCGGGUAAAUAUGCAUUCGGUGUCGAGGCGUUGGUAAUGGUAGUAUUCGCGUUCCUAGCGUACUGGUGGGAACGACGUUUCGAAGUCCCCGACGAAUCUCAACGGGAGGAAUCUCGAGAAUCUCUUAUUAGACAGCUUAUUCAUCUUGGAAAGAAUCCGAUAUUUAUGUGUCUAUCAUUCGGAUUCUCGGCGUUCAUGUUUACAGUUGGUGGCUUCGGGUUCUGGGGACCAGCUCUUAUUCAGUAUAUAUACGAUGCUACUCAAACAGUGUCCACAAUAGCCUUCGGAGCAGUAACAGUUGUAUGUGGUAUUGUUGGCACACUUAUAGGUGGCCUUGCUCUGGAUUAUCUGGCGGUUAAAUGGGCGAAGAAAUGCUCACGUCUUUUCGUGGCUUCUUUGCUUUCAGCAGUGUCUCUAUGCAUAUCGUGGAUGGUAGGAGUAGGUGCUCCCUGGGUGAAUAAUUUGGCGGGAUUUUUGGCAAUGUUAACGAUUAUUGAAUUGUUCUUACUUAUGUCUACAGCACCAUGCAACGUCGCUGUCAUGGAUGCCGUUCCGGCGAGCUUGAGAGGACAGGCGGUAGCGGUUCUUUGGGCUAUUACACAUGCUUUCGGAGAUUUCCCCAGUCCAUUGUUGAUGGGUUGGUGGAAUGAUAGUAUCGGUCGUCGAUGGUCUCUUGAAAUAUGUGUUGCUUGGCUCAUCUUUGGCGUUGUUCUGUGGUUUAUUGCAACAUUCUUGAGCUGGAAUGCUGCUAGCAGUGACGAGGAGGAGCAGGGAGAAGAGGGUGAACCACGUGAUGAACCUAAGAAGACUAAGGUUUGAUCGAAGUGGUCACUGUCAUCGGCGAAGUACCAAGUGAGCUGUGUCACUGUCGCAGCAAUCGGCAGAGUUGAAUCGACGAGGUUCUUGGAAGGUAAUUGAUUAAUACCAUUAUAGAAUUACUAGUUUAUAACCGCUCAAGUCUCGGGCCUGUGGUGAAAGUCGUCAUUGUCGUCUUUUUGGUCAUUAACGGUCUUGCCCUGUUUCUUAUACCCUCGUCCUACACUCGAAACACUCGGUUUC